GGGAGCGCAGUGCCGGUGCUCCCACCGCCCCCGGUGCUCCCGCCGCCGCCCCCGGUGCUCCGCGCCCCGCCGCCGCCCAGCGCCCCGCCGCCCAGCGCCCCGCCGCCACCAUGGAGGCCAUCAAGAAGAAGAUGCAGAUGCUGAAACUGGACAAGGAGAAUGCCAUCGACCGCGCGGAGCAGGCGGAGGCCGACAAGAAGCAGGCGGAGGACCGCUGCAAGCAGCUGGAGGAAGAACAGCAGGGCCUGCAGAAGAAGCUGAAGGGCACGGAGGAUGAGGUGGAGAAGUACUCCGAGUCUGUCAAGGAGGCCCAGGAGAAGCUGGAGCAGGCGGAGAAGAAAGCUACAGACGCUGAGGCUGAAGUCGCUUCUCUGAACCGCCGCAUCCAGCUGGUGGAAGAGGAGCUGGACCGAGCCCAGGAGCGCCUGGCCACCGCCCUGCAGAAGCUGGAGGAGGCUGAGAAGGCGGCUGAUGAGAGCGAGAGAGGCAUGAAGGUCAUCGAAAACAGGGCCAUGAAGGAUGAGGAGAAGAUGGAGCUCCAGGAAAUGCAGCUGAAAGAGGCGAAGCACAUAGCGGAGGAGGCUGACCGCAAAUACGAGGAGGUUGCCCGCAAGCUGGUCGUCCUUGAGGGAGAGCUGGAGCGCUCAGAGGAAAGGGCAGAGGUGGCAGAGAGCCGAGUGAGACAGUUGGAAGAAGAGCUCCGGACCAUGGACCAGACUCUCAAAUCUCUCAUUGCCUCAGAGGAAGAGUAUUCCACCAAGGAAGACAAGUACGAGGAGGAAAUCAAGCUUCUAGGGGAAAAACUGAAGGAGGCUGAGACCCGGGCGGAGUUUGCAGAGAGGUCUGUGGCGAAGCUUGAGAAAACCAUCGAUGAUCUAGAAGAGCGCUCCCGGCAGGAGGCUGAGAGAAACCGUGUUCUCACUAACGAGCUGCGGGUCAUCCUUACUGAACUUAACAACUGAGCUGCCCAGAGUUCCCGGUCCCAGCCCAGCCUCCCUGCCCUGUUUCGGCCAGGCGGGCUCGGGGCUGGGAGCCCCUGCCCGCUCCCUGCUGGGGCUAGGUGGGGUGUGGAGCCUUGGCUUAUCCCCCUGGGGGUAACUGCCCUGCUCAGGGUGGACAGGGAGCCCCUCUGGAGCUGAUUGUUUUUUCUUGGGAAAGAAAUGAGCGGGUUUGUGUUGUCCUGGGCCGCCCAUAGAUGUCUGUCUCCCGGCAUCAGCCUGGCCCCGACAGGGAGUGAUGCGGCAGCUUGUAUUGCUGCCUUCCUCCCCUUGUCCCAGCAGUCGGCGGCCAGCCUCUUCCUCCUCACUCUGGUCACCCCAAACUGUGCAGGGAGUAUCCCCUUGGAGCAGGGUCCCUGCAGGGUGCUGGGUGUGCUGGAAUAAGAGCUGGGGACCUGGCAGCAUUCACUGCCCCAAACUUGGGGAAGGGGACAGGGAAGAGCCCAGCUGUGAGUGCUGGGAGAUGGGGCUGGGUGGGCAGAGCUCUCGUCCCAUCCCUGUCUCUAGAGGAAAGGAGGAUGCCAUUUGGAAGCAACCACUGGAGGAGGCUGCCUUGGCAGCAGGCUGCCUGGCAGAGCUCGUCCCUGGAGCCUGGUUAGCUCUGCUCCUUCUCUUUCUGCUGUCCUCUCUGCCCUCCCUCCUGGGCUGCUGUCUCACUCUUCUUCAUGGAGCACCACUGGGUCACGCAGCAGGCACUGGCUCUCCUCUUUCGCUGGCCAAGCAUUUGUGCACGUGCCCACAGCCGGAUGGUCGUGAUGCCCCAGGACAGGACAUGCUGGUGGCUGGCCAGGAAAUGGUACCCGCCAGCGGUAUCUGCACUGCGGAAGGCCUGGCCAUGGGCAAUGGGGCACCAUGGGAAGAUGGAAAUGCUGAAGAGUGGGGAUCACCUACCCCCAGUGACCAGCCUGGCUGGCCUGGCUGCCCCAGCGGGUCCUGGAGCGGCUGGGCUCAUCCCUGCUGACAAUGGGGCUGCUUGUGUGGAUUCUGGUCCACAGGGGCACCCCACUCGGCUGGAGGCGACUGAAAUGUCCAUCCGUGUGCGUGUGUCUGUGCUUGGUGUGGUGUGUGUGUGUCUGGCUGCACCUGGGUGCUGUGUCUGUGUGUGUGGCUGGGUGUCUCUUGUA